GUCCCGGCGCCGCCAUGGCGGGGGCGGCGGUGCUGCAGGUGCUCCGCCAGGGCGUUUGGGCCUCGCUGACGGGCGGCUGCUUCCUGGACCCUCAGCUGGGCGCCUUCGCCAACUGCGUGCGGCUCUACGUGUGGCUGUUCCUGCUCGGGCUCCCGCUCGGCCUCUACUCGGCGCUGCCCCCCAGCCCCGCCGUGGCCGCUCUGUACUGCGGGCUCGUGGCCGCGUUCUUCGGGACCCUCAAGGCCGUCACGUUCCGGCUGCACGCGCGCCUGGACCGGGGGGACCCCGAGGGGGACCCCGAGGGGGGGGCGGCCGCGCUGCUGCCCCCCCGCAGCCCCGAGGAGCGGGACGGGACCCCCGGCCCCCCCGGGGGGGGUCUGGAGCUCUCGGUGCUGCGCUGGCCGAGCGCGACCCCCCCCCAGCUCUGCGGCUUCAACCAGCUCUCGGAGCUGCUGCCACACCUGGACACCGGGGCCGGGGAGCUCCGGGGCAUCCUCACGGCCGCUGACCGGGACCGGCUGCGCUCGGUGUCACCGUCGCCCCCCGCCCCAGCGAUCGCCGCGGCCGGAGCCCCCUCCCCAAACCGGGUCCGACCCCCAUUGAUCCGACCCGGAGAGGGGCGCGUGGGAAAAGGGGCGGGGCCUCCCGCAGGCGGGAAUCCGAGGGCAGCCAAUCGGGGCGCGGGGCUCGUUCCCACGUUCCCAUUGACAAGUCGCUGGGUGCGGGAUCCCCGCUACAACCGGGGGGGUUCCGGGGGGGCGGGGAGGUCCAGGAGACCCCCGGGAGACCCGAAGGAGUCCCUGAGGGUCUCUUGGGGUUCCCUGAGGAUCCCGGAGGUCUAG